GGCCGCGCGGCCAAUGGGCGGAGGAGGGCGGGGCCUGGCGUGCGCCGCGAGCGGGGGGUUUUUGUUCCGGGCCCGGCAGCCGCCAUCUUGUGAGAGGAGCCGAGCGGGGGAAGCGAGCGGGGCCGGGAAGGGCCAACCUCAUUGAUGUCCAGCUCGCCGUUGUCCAAGAAGCGCCGCGUGUCUGGAUCUGAGCCGAAGACGGGUUCGAACUGCUCCUCUGGCAACUCCGUACAGAGUGACCCGCGCGCAGCGCCCGCCAACGGCAUGGCUAAGAAUGGCGACGUCGACAUCGACGAGGGCCUGUACUCCAGGCAGCUGUACGUGCUGGGCCACGAGGCCAUGAAGCGGAUGCAGAACGCCAGCGUCCUGGUGUCGGGGCUGCGGGGGCUGGGCGUGGAGAUCGCCAAGAACAUCAUCCUGGGCGGCGUCAAGUCGGUCACCCUGCACGACACCGAGCCCGCCCAGUGGGCAGACCUGGCCUCGCAGUUCUACCUGCGGGAGGAGGACUUGGGGAAGAACCGGGCCGAGGUCUCCCAGCCGCGCCUGGCCGAGCUCAACUCCUACGUGCCCGUCAGCGUCCACACCGGGGCCCUCACCGAGGACUUCCUGAGCCCGUUCCAGGUCGUGGUUCUCACCAACUCGCCUCUGGAGGAGCAGCUGCGGGUCGGGGGAAUCUGCCACAGCAAGGGCAUCAAGAUGGUGGUAGCCGACACCAGGGGGCUCUUUGGUCAGCUCUUCUGUGACUUCGGGGACGAGAUGGUCGUGACAGACACCAACGGGGAGCAGCCGCUCAGCACCAUGGUCUCCAUGAUCACCAAGGGCUGCCCGGGGGAGGUGACCUGCCUGGACGAGGCUCGGCACGGCUUUGAGAGCGGGGACUUCGUCUCCUUCACUGAGGUGGACGGCAUGGAGGAGCUCAACCGCUGCCCCCCCAUGGAGAUCAAAGUGCUGGGGCCCUACACCUUCAGCAUCGGCGACACCAGCAGCUUCUCCGAGUACGUGCGGGGCGGCAUCGUCUCCCAGGUCAAGAUGCCCAAGAAGAUCAGCUUUAAGCCCCUGAGCGUGGCGCUGGCCGAGCCCGACUUCGUGGUGACCGACUUCGGGAAGUUCGACCGCCCGGCGCAUCUGCACCUGGCCUUCCAGGCCCUGCACGGCUUCCAGCGCCAGCACCAGCGCCUGCCGCGGCCCCGCAGCGAGGCGGACGCGGCCGAGGUGCUGGCGCUGAGCCAGGCGGUGAACGAACGGGCCCCCCCAGCGCUGAAGCAGGAGAAGCUGGACGAGGGGCUGAUCAAGGAGCUGGCAUACCAGGCCGCCGGGGACCUGGCGCCCGUCAACGCCUUCAUCGGGGGACUGGCUGCCCAGGAGGUCAUGAAGGCCUGCUCCGGGAAGUUCAUGCCCAUCAUGCAGUGGCUCUACUUCGACGCACUGGAGUGUCUGCCCGAGGACAGCAAGGAGGCGCUGACAGAGGAGCAGUGCCGCCCGAGGAACAGCCGUUACGACGGGCAGAUCGCCGUGUUCGGGGCUGACCUGCAGGCCAAGCUGGGGCAGCAGAAGUAUUUCCUGGUGGGCGCCGGCGCCAUCGGCUGCGAGCUGCUGAAGAACUUUGCCCUGCUGGGGCUGGCGUGCGGGGACGGCGGGGAGGUGACCGUGACCGACAUGGACACCAUCGAGAAAUCCAACCUCAACCGCCAGUUCCUCUUCCGGCCCUGGGACGUCACGAAAAUGAAGUCUGACACAGCAGCGGCCGCGGUGCGGCAGAUGAACCCCAACAUCCACAUCACGAGCCACCAGGACCGUGUGGGGCCCGACACGGAGCGAGUCUACGACGACGACUUCUUCGAGGGCCUGGACGGCGUGGCCAACGCGCUGGACAACGUGGACGCCAGGAUGUACAUGGACCGCCGGUGCGUCUAUUACCGCAAGCCCCUGCUGGAGUCCGGCACGCUGGGCACCAAGGGCAACGUCCAGGUGGUGAUCCCCUUCCUGACGGAGUCAUACAGCUCCAGCCAGGACCCCCCCGAGAAAUCCAUCCCCAUCUGCACCCUCAAGAACUUCCCCAAUGCCAUUGAGCACACGCUGCAGUGGGCCCGGGACGAGUUCGAAGGCCUCUUCAAGCAGCCGGCGGAGAGCGUCAACCAGUACAUCUCAGACCCCAAGUUCAUGGAGCGCACGCUCAAGCUGCCGGGCACGCAGCCCCUGGAGGUGCUGGAGGCCGUCAACAAGAGCCUGGUGAGCGAGCGGCCCCGGAGCUGGGCCGACUGCGUGGGCUGGGCCUGCCGCCACUGGCACUGCCAGUACAGCAACAACAUCCGCCAGCUGCUGCACAACUUCCCGCCCCACCAGAAGACCAACUCCGGCACCCUGUUCUGGUCGGGGCCCAAGAGAUGUCCCCACCCCCUCACCUUCGACGACAGCAACCCCCUGCACAUGGAUUACAUCGUGGCGGCGGCGAAUCUCUUUGCCCAGACCUACGGCAUCACGGGCACGCGGGACGUGGGCGCUGUGGCCGAGCUGCUGCACCAGGUGCAGGUGCCCGAGUUCACGCCCAAGUCUGGCGUGCGGAUCCACAUCUCAGACCAGGAGCUGCAGAACGCCAACGCCUCCGUCGACGACAGCCGGCUGGAGGAGCUGAAAUCCAGCCUGCCCAACCCUGAGGACCAGCAGAGCUUCCGCAUGUACCCCAUCGACUUCGAGAAGGACGACGACACUAAUUUCCACAUGGAUUUCAUCGUGGCGGCGUCGAACCUGCGGGCUGAGAACUACGACAUCCCGCCUGCCGACCGGCACAAGAGCAAGCUGAUCGCUGGGAAGAUCAUCCCGGCCAUUGCCACGACGACGGCGGCCGUGGUGGGGCUGGUGUGUCUGGAGCUGUACAAAGUGGUGCAGGGCCACAAGCGGCUGGAGUCCUACAAGAACGGCUUCCUCAACCUGGCCCUGCCGUUCUUCGGCUUCUCUGAGCCCAUCGCCUGCCCCCGCAACAAGUACUACGACAUUGAGUGGACGCUGUGGGACCGGUUCGAGGUGCAGGGGGUGCAGCCCAGCGGGGAGGAGAUGACGCUGCGCCAGUUCCUGGCCUAUUUCAAGAGCGAGCACCGGCUGGAGAUCACUAUGCUGUCGCAGGGCGUCUCCAUGCUCUACUCCUUCUUCAUGCCGCCCGCCAAGCUGCGUGAGCGCCACGACCAGCCGAUGACGGAGAUCGUGACCAAGGUGUCGAAGAAGAAGAUCGGGCGACACGUCAAGGCCCUGGUCUUCGAGCUCUGCUGCAACGACGACAGCGACUGCGACAUCGAGGUGCCCUACGUCCGCUACACCAUCCGCUAGGGGCGGGGCCUCCCCACGCCCCGCCCCAAGGGCUCACUGGGCGGGGCCUCCCCGCGCCCCGCCCCCCACGGUUAAAGUGAUGCAAAACAUGGACUAAAGGGCCUCCCCCCAGGAAUUGGUCUGAGGUUUGGGGCUGGGUGGCAGGGGGCAUCCUGCCCCCCUUUCCUGCUGGGAACCCCCACCCCUGCCAUGAUCCUGUUCUUGAGGCGCUUUAACCCCGCCCCCUUACUGUUAGUCGUAUUGUCUUGACUCCACCCCCUCCCCCGCACAUGCUCACUUGCUCACUGAUGGGGGAUGGGGCAUCUCUUGCCCUGCGGUGCCAGUUCUGUAUGGGGGGGGGCAUGGCAGCGGGGGAACCCACCCCCUGCUGCUGGAGCUGGUGUCCGUCUGCUGCUUGCCUGCCCAGUGGGGGCGGGCGGGGGGGGGGGGUUAAUGCAGAACUGGUGAGAGGAAUUACUGAAUAAAUAGACGUUUGCAAAACCUGCCGGCGCCCCCACGUCUGGUCAUUGGUGGGACGUGUGUGUGUGUGUGGGGAUCACUGCCCCAUGGCGUUCUGCGGCUGCCCCCCUAGAAGGGUCCUGGGCACUCUGUGUGGGGCAGAUGGGCCUAAGGGAGGGAGCCAGGGGAGGGUGCUCCUCCCCCUGCAGAGGCAGUACAGAUCCCAGCUCUGUUCCCAGGGUGGGCACCAGCCUGAGGGGGGGCAGCCUCUUUCCCCAGGUGGUUUAUCUUCAGGGGUCUCUGGGGGCUGGUCGAUCCCUCGGUGCUGCCCAGCCUGGUUGGGUCUCCUCCUGGGGGCCAUUUCCUCCCUCUCCAGCUGUGCCCCAUCAGCCUGCCCAGGUCCUGCUGCUAGGGUGGGAUGGUGGCCUGAGCUUCUGUCUCCCACCCCUCCGUCCUGCCCUCUCCCUCCGGUGCUGUGAGAAUCAUGUGGCAGUGAGUUCCCCAGCUCCCAGGGCCUGUGGUGUGAGAGCAGCUGUGCUGGGGGAGCCCUGGCCUUGAG